AUGUCAAAACUUAUCACGGUUUUCGGUGCUACAGGACAGCAGGGUGGCUCUGUCAUUCGCACCAUCUUGCAGGAUGCCAGCUUGUCUCAGGACUUCAAAAUUCGUGGCAUCACCCGCGAUAUCUCGAAGCCCGCAGCUCAAGCUCUUGCCCAGCAGGGAGUCGAGAUCAAGGCUGCCGACAUGAGCUCCAAAGAGUCAUUGGCUGAGGCAUUAAAAGGGAGUCACUCGGUGUUUCUUGUUACCACACCGGAUUGGGGCAAUGCCGGUUCUGACGCUGAGCUAGUGCACGGCAAGAAUGUCGCCGAUGCAGCCAAAGAGACUGGCGUCCAGCACCUCAUUUUCUCUUCUCUCCUCAAUGUCACCGAGGCAUCGGGCGGUAAGCUCACUCAUGUCCCUCACUUUGACCACAAGGCCAAGGUUGAGCAGUACAUCCGGUCGAUCGGAGUGCCCGCCACAUUUGUGCUCCCUGGUUAUUUCAUGGCCAACUAUACCGUUUCUGGAAUACUGCGCAAGGGUGAUGAUGGCGUCUAUAACUUAGCAUACCCCGUCGGCAGAGAUGCCCAAUUCCCGCUCGUUGACAUUGCCAGUGAUAUGGGCAAAUAUGUCGCAACAGCCCUGAAGAGCCGCUCAGACGUUCUGGGUUCUCAAAUCCUGGCCGCAGCUGACUAUUAUUCUCCCUCGCACAUUCUUGCUGAGUUUGAGGAGGUUACUGGAAAGAAGACCCAGUUCGUCCAAGUGGAUUCUGAUACCUACAAGAGCUUCAUUCCUGGCCCUAUGGGCGAGGAGAUGCUGGAGAAUCACUUGUUUAUUGAGAACCCCGGUUACUACAACGGCAAGAGCCUGAAGGAGAGCAAUGAUCUGCUCAAGAAGCACGGCUAUCAGCCUACCAGCUGGAGAGAGUUUUUAGAGAAAAGCAAGGCCUCGCUUUAG